CCAGAACUGAGACAACAACUGUGUCUCCAACUAUACCAAGAGCCCACUCAAAUGUGACCGCAGUUCUGCCUGAAUCCCCAAUCGCUGCAGCCUCUACAGCCACAACUGCAGCACCAACACCAAUAAAAGCUUCUACUGCUGCCAUUUGGUCAUCUACUCCAGCUACCACAACCAUGGCGGUGCCGGCUAGUGAAGGAGAAGGAGUGAUUAUUUUAAUACUUCGAAUCCAGCAAAUCUUCAUUCCCGCUUACAGUGAUCCUUCCUCAAUCGAGUACAAUACUCUGGUCAGCAAUAUCACUGCUGAGCUGAGCCGAAGCUUUAGAGAGCUGUUUCCCCUCACAUUUCUCCGAUGCUAUGUCAUAAGUCUCUGGAAUGGUUCGGUGGGUGUGGACACUCAGGUAAUCUUUAAAAAUGAAACAGUUCUUCCAAAUGUAACAGUCCUGACUGAUUCACUGAAAUCAGCAAUAAAUGAUUCUACAGUUUUCCUGGAUAUCAUUCCAUCGAGUAUCACUGCUGAAAUAUCAACACCUACUCCUGUAAGUUUACCAGACACUUCAACCACAGUUAGGCAAGUAACAUCAACAGAAAUGAAAACAACAGCUGUGACUGCAUCAGAGUUUUUGACCAGAGAUGACUCUCUAACUACAAUGGAACCAGUAACUCCAACACAGAUACUUCAUGAACAAACGUCUACUACAGCAGGGCAACUGCCCACUUCUACAACAACAUCUACUUUGACCCAAACCUCAUUGACGUCAACUGAACCAACAUCUGUGAAACAGGAUACACUUGAUUUUUCAACUACUGUAGUUUCUACUACUGGUCAACUGAGUCAGUCUGCCACCACUACAGCUGACCAUACCACGGAUACAAGUUCAGCACCAGCAUCACCUACCAGAGGUCAGGCUCCUUCAUCUGCUACUGAACCAGAAAUAUUCAUGCCUACAACAACAUCUACUUUGACCCAAACCUCAUUCACGUCAACUGAACCAACAUCUGUGAAACAGGAUACACUUGAUUUUUCAACUACUGUAGUUUCUACUACUGGUCAACUGAGUCAGUCUGCCACCAAUACAGCUGACCAUACCACGGAUACAAGUUCAGCACCAGCAUCACCUACCAGAG